AUGGUUGAUAAAAUCCCAAAGGAAACUAUCGCUCGUACGUUCCAAGUGGGGGCCUUUGAGAAUGAAAGUACCAAUAUAACAGACGAAACCGUCGGGAUGAUGCAGAAGUAUAUGGAAGUGUUUGUACGUGAAGCUGUAUUGAGAUCAUCUGCCAAUAAGGAACAGAUCAAGGUGGAGCAUUCUGGUGCUCAGAGGAAUAGUAAUGAAAUUGUACUUACGCAUGAAGACCUCGAAAACAUAACUGGUUUAUUACUGUUGGAUAUGUAA